ACGUCACAGCCACCCUUUCGACCAUUUCUUUCUGAGCGACGUGCCGACUACGACUUUGUGUCGGUUUUUUGUCAAAAUUCUCCGCGUUCUCUCACCAAGGAACACCUUUAAGGUGCUAAGCUCAGUCGGAAACAUGUCUAGAUACGAAACAAGACGUUCUUUUGAUAUGGGAGGCCGUUCAGAGCGAAAAAGCUUUGGCGGCGGUGCUAUGGGUGGCCGCCGAGGUGGUGGUAGCUCAUUUGGGGGAUCAUCCUUCAGAGGUGGCGGUGGUGGCAAGAGCAAUAAUCAGCCAGGAGCUAGCCUCAGAAAGCCACGAUGGGAUAUGAACUCCCUUCAAAAGUUUGAAAAGAACUUCUAUCGCGAACACCCUGUUGUACAGGCAAGAGGGCAGCAUGAAGUAGACGCUUACCGUAGAAGCAAGGAUUUGACUGUUAAUGGCAGAAAUGUCCCCAAACCAGUGACAACAUUUGAAGAAUCUGCAUUUCCCGAUUACAUCCAGAGUUAUUUCAAAAGAGAAGGAUUUACAGAACCGACAAUGAUCCAAGCACAGGGCUGGCCUGUUGCAUUGACUGGACGUAACUUGGUUGGUAUUGCCCAGACCGGAUCUGGAAAGACAUUAUCUUUUAUUCUUCCUGGCAUUGUCCACAUCAACCACCAGCCAUUACUCCAGCCUGGAGAUGGACCUAUCGUGUUGGUGUUAUGUCCAACGCGUGAGCUUGCUCAGCAAGUUCAGGAGGUUGCAUACUCUGUUGGCAAACAUUGCAAGCUUAGGAGUACUUGUAUAUAUGGUGGUGCACCAAAAGGACCUCAAAUCCGGGAGCUAGAAAGAGGUGUUGAGAUCUGCAUUGCCACUCCAGGCCGUUUGAUUGACAUGCUUGAGUCCAGGAAGACCAACCUGCGCCACUGCACCUACCUUGUCCUGGACGAGGCCGACCGCAUGUUAGACAUGGGCUUCGAGCCCCAGAUUAGAACCAUCAUUGACCAGAUCCGUCCAGACAGGCAGACACUCAUGUGGAGUGCGACCUGGCCCAAGGAAGUGCAGGGCCUGGCCCACGACUUCCUCUCAGACUAUGUGCACAUCACUGUCGGUAGUCUUGGACUGACUGCCAAUCACAAGAUUUUACAGAUUGUAGAUGUCUGUGAGGACCAUGAGAAAGAACACAAGCUGCUUAAGCUUCUCGAAGAGAUCAUGGGAGAGAAAGAGAACAAGACGCUGAUCUUCACUGAGACAAAAAGGAGAGCUGAUGAACUUACACGAAAGCUGCGCUCAGAUGGGUGGCCAGCUAUGUGUAUUCAUGGUGACAAAGCUCAGCCUGAAAGAGACUGGGUUCUAAGUGAAUUCCGCAAAGGUCAUGCCCCGAUCCUUGUUGCCACAGAUGUGGCAUCCAGAGGCCUAGACAUCUCGGAUAUCAAGUUUGUGAUAAACUUUGAUUUUCCGAACUGCACUGAGGACUAUGUCCACCGCAUCGGCCGUACAGCACGCUCCGACCGCACCGGGACCUCGUACACUUUCUUUACCGUCAACAAUGCAAAGCAAGCCAAGGAGCUGGUGUCGGUUCUACAGGAGGCCAAGCAACAUGUCAACCCCAAGCUUCUAAACCUACAGGACAUGGCGAGGAACUUUGGAAAGAAACGUGACCGUUUCCGUAGAGACAACACCUACGCCAGGGACCUUCGCAGCAACCCCAAACCAGACUACAACCGCAGCGACUCUCGCUCUUCAUACAAUAACAGCUCAUCAAUGAAUGGCUACGGGGGAGGAAGUGGCUAUGGUGGUGGGAGCAGCUCUCGAGGAGGUGGAGGGGGGCGGUCUAGCAGCGGUGGUAACUCCAGGAGUGGAGGGAGCAGCUACAAGAGUAGCAAUCCACCCCCACCACCCCCACCUCGCAAUCAGCCUAGCAACCAGAACUGGAAUCAGAACUAUGAUCAAAGCAAUCAGAACAUGUACGGCCCCGCACCCCCUCCACCCCCACCGCAACAACAACAACAACAACAGUCGCAAGCUCAACCACUCAUGACCAACCAGCAGCAGUCCUACAGCACACAGCAGUACAACCAGUCUUAUCAACAGCAACCGCAACAGCAGUAUGGUCAACAACAACAGUACGGCCAACAACCGCAACAACAACAACAGUAUGCGCAAGCAUACCAGGCGUAUCCACAAACCUACCAGCAGGGGGCGACGGGGCAGCAGCCUGCCUCUAGCGCCGCCUACAACGCGUACGCCGCCGCCGCCGCUACCAAUACCAAGUAGACCUGGAAUGAAUCUAGUGUAACAUAGUCACUCGCCGCAUGUUCAGGACAUUGCUCAUCCUGUUCACACCAGUUUUAACCAACUAUUUAUUAAUGUUUCCAGUCUCUGGGUUUUUUUUAAUUGCGCUAGUUAGUGUUUCAAAUUCCCGCAGCUUUACGUAUACAUUACACAUCCUAAAUUCUGCAGCUGUAAAUAGCUUUUGCAUGAAAGUGCAUCGCCUAUCGCGUGCCGUACUAAGGCUUUUCUUUCCAUGCAUACCUUGCAAAGAGUCUAUUGAAUUGAUUUAUUUCUGCUCGAAUACAGGCUUUUCACUGGAAGAUUUUUAAAUUAUCUUGUAACUUUAGUUUUAGGAAACAGCAUUUUCACAGUUUAAUUUCUGAAUCAUCCUGUGCUAUAGGAUCAGUUUGCCGACCCCAUAUAAUACUGGACACGGGUAGCGAUUCAGCUCAGUGCUACGAACUAAUUUGUUUAGAUUUGUAGCCUCAUGUAUUUAAAUAAACAUGGAUGGACAAAUAAAAUGUUUUUAUUGUU